AUGGAAAUAACCAGACAAGAGUUUUUGCAAAAGCUGCCACAAGUUGAGAGAGCCAUUAAAGAGUGUGACAUAAUCGCCAUCGAUACCGAAUUAUCAGGGCUCCAUCGUCCUCCUACCCCUAUUCGACUUUAUUCUAUGAAGGACCGCUAUGAAGAAUAUAAAGAGGCUACAAAACGCUUUUUGAUCAUCCAGUUCGGUCUCUGUACUUUCACGUGGGAUGCAGCGUCCAACCGCUAUAUCGCCAAACCUUUCAAUUCCUAUAUCUUCCCAACUAGUAUCACAGGUCAAAUCAAUUCCAAUCGUGUUUUCAUGACACAAGCACAAGCUUUUGAUUUUCUAACAAAGCAAGCCUUUGACUUUAAUAAGUGGGUCUAUCAAGGUAUACCUUAUUUAAGCAAGGAUGAAGAAAAAGUGUUGGUUGCUGAAGCGAGUAAGAAGCUGAGGGAUGAUAUGCCGGAUAUUCAAAUUGAUGAAAAGGAAAUGGAAUUUGUUGAGAGCGUUAGACAGAGAGUACGAGCAUUUUUAGAAGACAACGUACAAGAUGACGACAUGUCUGAUUCUCCGGUAGCUACCGAAGAAAAUAAUAAGGAUGACAGUAACAGUAACAAUGUAAAAACGUCAGAAAAUAAAAACGGUAUCAAUAUAGUGACAAAAAAUGCUUAUCAACGGAGACUCGUAUAUCAAGAAGUGCGAAAAUAUGAAGGACUGUCUCCAAUCGGUAAACAGGGUUUUAUUCGUGUCCUCAAAUUAACCAAAGCGCAGGAAGCGAACAGAAAACGCGAAAAGUUGGAGAAAUUUGAGAAAGACUGCACAUACGCCGUUGGCUUCAGGAAAAUUAUUGAUAUGAUCAUUGAAUCUCGCAAGCCAUUGAUUGGGCACAAUAUGCUGCUGGAUAUAUGUCAUAUGAUAGCCCAGUUCGUUGAACCAUUACCUGAUACCUUACAUGACUUCAAAACUCUGGUUCACCGACUAUUCCCAAAUAUGAUAGAUACCAAGUACAUGUGCAUGUCGCAACGCGAAUUGAGAUCUAUAUUUGUAGAUGGUACUGGAACAGGAACAAUGCUAGAAACGCUUUUUUUCGAAACUAAAAAGGGUGCUUUUCAAAAUCCGUAUGUUGAUGUUCACGCAGAGUUUCCACGCUACUUAACAGAAAUGGCCCAUGAGGCAGGUUAUGAUGCAUAUAUGACAGGUUUUGUAUUUUUAAAAUUGUUGGGUUUUUUGGAUAAAGCACGUCAUCCGCGAAAAUACGAAAUACAUGCAGCUGCUAAGAAGACUGAAGAGGAAAGAAGAGAGAAGGAGAGGUUAAAAGCCGCAGAGCAACGAGUAGAUGCUGAUGGCUGGGAUAUUAGUGAUGAAGACAAUGCAGACGAUCAUGGUUGGAAUGAAGAAGAGGAUAGCGACGUCUUUGAUUACGGAUCUGUCCGACUUAAUCUAACCGAUAUAUACAAAGAUAGCAUCCUGUCCGAUAUCACGAAUAAGGCUGCUUUAGUCAGAACGGCAUAUGAAUAUUUCGAUUUUGCUGGCUCAGAACACAUAUCCCCGAAUGUCGAUGCUCUGUACAUUAUCAAAAAGAAAGAAGGCGCGCCUUUCAAUGAAGAAAUAUUAUCGGCGCUUUUUUCAAAAUAUGGUAAACACAUUAUUGAAGUAAACGAUCACAAUUCAGCAUUUGUUGUGUUUGAAAGAUUACAAGACAAAAUAGAAACCAUUACAAUACAAAGUGAAGAUUUUACAAUUACAUCUUUGUCGACUUAUCUGGCAACAAUAAAAGAUGCGAGUACCGACCAAUAA